GAAGUGGGCGGGCAGCGGCGGCGGCUACGCGCGGAGGAGGUGGAGGUAGUGCCGGGCGACCGCUUCCCGCCCCCGAGCCGGGUCCGAGCUGAGUGGAUCUGAGGUCGGGCCCGGAGCUGAACCGGCUGAGCGGGCGCCGAGCCCCCGCCAUGGCCCGGAACACGCUGUCCUCGCGCUUCCGUCGGGUGGACAUCGACGAGUUUGACGAGAACAAAUUCGUGGACGAGCAGGAGGAGGCGGCGGCGGCGGCAGGAGAGCCAGGCCCGGACCCUAGCGAGGUGGAUGGUCUCCUGCGGCAAGGGGACAUGCUUCGGGCGUUUCAUGCAGCCUUACGGAACUCGCCCGUCAACACCAAGAAUCAAGCUGUGAAGGAGCGAGCCCAGGGCGUGGUGCUGAAAGUACUCACAAACUUUAAGAGCAGCGAAAUUGAGCAGGCCGUGCAGUCACUGGACAGAAAUGGCAUUGACUUGCUAAUGAAGUACAUUUAUAAAGGGUUUGAGAAGCCCUCAGAAAAUAGCAGCGCAGUGCUACUCCAGUGGCAUGAAAAGGCAUUAGCAGUAGGAGGACUAGGCUCCAUUAUAAGAGUUCUUACAGCAAGAAAGACUGUUUAAAAAAAAAAAGACUCAUGUUACUUUGAGAAGAAUUUUGGAUGCACAGGCUGGUGAAGAAGGGAUUGACAAUGGACCACCUUCCCAGGAACUCCCAACUAUUUCAGGACAUGCAUCCGCUGAAGUGUAUUUUAUUUUCAAGGUGGAGGGAGAAAUUGUCUUACUGUUUCCUAAAUCCUUUGCAGGAUCGAUAGUCUAUGCCUUUGUCCACGAAUAAUGCAGAACUGACAUUGUGACUGUCUGCCAGAGUGGCUAGCCACCACUGUUGGUCAGGUGUGUCUGUGGGCACUGCCUGUUUAAAGUGGGGGAGGGAUGGCGGGGCAGGUGCUGAUCCAAGGGCUGCCACGAAGGGGCGAGCUGGUGUUUCUGAAGCGGAAACCCCCCGGGGGUUUGUACAGACGUCCCAUCCUCCCAGAGAAGGCGGGCUCUCUUGGGUUCAUUGUAAAGUGCCUGCUGCAUCAAUAAAGCUCUUGGCUUAUUAGUAUAUA